AUGUACGGCCGUCGUAUUGGGUUAAUGAUUGUUGUUGUUGUUUAUGUCAUCGGUAUCAUUAUCCAGAUCGCAUCCAUCGACAAAUGGUACCAAUAUUUCAUCGGUAGAAUCAUCUCUGGUUUGGGUGUUGGUGGUAUCGCUGUCUUAUCCCCAAUGUUAAUUUCAGAAACUUCUCCAAAGCAUUUGAGAGGUACCUUGGUGUCCUGCUACCAAUUGAUGAUUACAUUGGGUAUCUUCUUGGGUUACUGUACCAACUACGGUACCAAGACUUACUCCAACUCUGUCCAAUGGAGAGUCCCAUUGGGUCUAUGUUUCGCCUGGGCCAUUUUCAUGAUUGGAGGUAUGGCCGUUGUUCCUGAAUCGCCAAGAUACUUGGUGAAGAGAGACAGAGUCGAGGAUGCACGUUUGUCCAUUGCCAAGACCAACAAGGUUUCCAUUGAAGACCCAGCUGUCCAAGCUGAAACUGAUUUGUUGAUUGCUGGUGUUGAAGCUGAAAGACUAGCUGGUUCUGCUUCUUUCAAGGAAUUGUUCUCCACCAAGACCAAGGUUUUCCAACGUUUGGUCAUGGGUAUUAUGGUCCAAUCUUUCCAACAAUUGACCGGUAACAACUACUUCUUCUACUACGGUACUAGUAUCUUCAAGUCCGUCGGUAUGACCGAUUCUUUCGAAACUUCUAUUGUCUUGGGUAUUGUCAACUUCGCUUCCACUUUCUUGGGUAUCUACAUUGUUGGUAGAUUUGGCCGUCGUCAAUGUUUGCUAUGGGGUGCUGCUCUAAUGACCUGUUGUAUGGUUGUCUUUGCAUCCGUCGGUGUUACCAAGUUGUGGCCAAAGGGUCCAAACGGUGGUGUUUCUUCUAAGGGUGCUGGUGACUGUAUGAUUGUCUUCACCUGUUUCUACAUUCUAUGUUUCGCUACCACCUGGGCUCCAAUUGCUUACGUCGUUGUUGCUGAAUCUUACCCAUUGAGAGUCAAGUCCAAGUGUAUGGGUGUCGCUACCGCUUCUAACUGGGUCUGGGGUUUCUUGAUCAGUUUCUUCACUCCAUUUAUUACCUCUGAUAUUCACUUCUACUACGGUUACGUCUUCAUGGGCUGUUUGGUUGCCAUGUUCUUCUACGUCUUCUUCUUUGUCCCAGAAACCAAGGGUCUAACUUUGGAAGAAGUCGAUGAAAUGUGGUUGGAAGGUGUCUUGGCAUGGAAGUCUACCUCAUGGGUUCCACCAUCCAGAAGAGGCGCUGACUACAACGUCGAUGAAUUGCAACAUGACGACAAGCCAUGGUACAAGGCUUUGUUGAAGCAUUAA